AGUCUUAAGCAGAGAGCGCAGAGAGCCAGAUCGGGUUGAGCAACUUUCUUAUCGCAAAAGAAAGUCCAACGCUACAAAUGAAUCAUUCGGAAGUAAUUCAUGUUUCAGAUUUUUGUUUUAAAUUCUAAACAGUGAAUUAAGUGAAACUUUGUGUAUUGAAAUUCACAAUUAAGACCAUUGAGGUUUUUUUAACGACAUACAGUAAGCUAUGGGUGAGAAACUAUCCCCAUCGACGGGUUCCACUGCCCUGCCGUCUAAGAAAUCAUCACCAACCAGCAAAAAGACUUCCCCUUCCUCGUCCAAAGACUCGAAGCCAAAGCCCAUGAAGCGCAAAAGCAAGGAAGAGAAACUGAAUCACCUCUUCGGUGAACCUCCGGUGGACGUUCCGAUCAGGGAAAGACCUCCCCAGAAAUCGGUCCUGGUGACCUACAUUUUGUGGCUGUUCGGAGGUUUCUUCGGGUUACACCAUCUCUAUCUGCAUCAGGAUCGCCGAGCCUUCGUAUGGUGGUGCACGCUCGGUGGUUACUUCGGUAUCGGAUGGCUGUCGGAAAUUUACCAAAUCCCGGCGAUGGUACGGGAUGCCAACGAGGAUCCACGCUUCAUCGAGGAGUUCCGGGAAAAAUUGCGACAAAAUAAGAAGCCUCCCUUCCAGACGCCUCGUUUUCUGAUGGGUAUCAUGGUGGGGUACCUGUUCGGACAAGUGAUCAUGAUUGCCAUACCGCAGGAAGUUUUCGCCGGAGUGGACUGGACCUUUCUGCAUUGGUUGAUUCCGUUGGGUGUGGCUAUUGGUGUUUGGACUGUCGGUAACAUGGGCCGUGAAAAAGGAGUAUUUUGGCACUGCUUGGUAGCAUCAUACGCUUUUUAUCCGCUACGAUAUUUCGUACUCGAUGAAGCGUACUGGUUCACGACGAUGGCAGCCUGCUCGGCGUUUGCUUUUGAUUAUUGCUCCAAGGAAUGGGAUUUAGAAGUCCCGAAACGCGAAAAACCAAUGAAACGUGCCUCCAUAAUCGUACCCUGUGUGCUGCUUUACCUCUCCCUUUGGGGAUGCUUCUUCUACUUCAACGGCACGAUCACCGAUUCCGAUGGCGACGAAGUCCCAGUCCAUGAAGCGAUUCACAACUUUAUCAAGUCUCCAUGGUGGACGGAUUUGAAGCAGACCAUUUCGGAUACUAUCCAGUUCGCGCAGCACAAUGGAUGGGGUGAGGUGUGGAAACAGAUCAUAGACUCGAUGGACGCCGACGGGGAACAGAACGCUUACAAGGUUCUAGGGGUGAGUCCGACGGCUUCGCAAACCGAGAUCACUUCGGUGUGGCGAAAGUUGUCCCGUGAGCACCAUCCGGACAAGGUCAAGGAUGAGAAACUUCGCCGAGCGGCACAGGAGAAGUUCAUGGAGAUUCAGCAAGCGUAUGAGGUGCUGAGCAAGAUCAAAUCGAAGAGGCGACAGCGGAAUAAGAAGUCCAAUGAGGAUCUUUAACGGGGGAAUGAGUAUCGUUAAGUCUUUAGUAAUGGGGUAUCGUCUGACUGACUUACUUACGCUGAAUUGAUUUCUUAUCUAAGCUGUAAAUAUUAAUACAUAUUCUAAUAAAACUUUUAAACAUAGACGACGAAAAA